CUCGACUGGGCUGCUUCGAUUGAACCCUCCAUCGGUUGCUGUGAGACAGUGUUGAGCUGUCAUCGGUCAUUCUGGUUGACUGGAAGCAGCAGAUCAACGACCCAUGUCACUCCUGAAGAUGUCACUUGUUCUUGCAACUUUUCUUGUUUUAAGAGCGACCAAGAGAAACGCACAUUGUCAGGAGUCUUUUGGACCGUGCAGUCCCGUGAACUUGGUAUAUUUCCCGAUGUUUUUCUGGCAAUGCUAAAGAUGUAUCUUGAUCAUAGCAUACAGCUCUGUACAUGUGUUAUAAAUUGCCCAAGUCAGUUUUGGGUGCUAAGUUGGCAGUUUAUGCUCAUCAUCAUCAUCAUCAUCAUCAUCAUCACCAUCCUCAGCAUCAUCAAUACAAUCAUAAUCUUCAUCCCAGUACUUCUCACCUACGUCAAAAUCAUCACCUCCGUUGACAUUUUCCUCGACAUCACUAUCAUCAGCAUCGCCAUCUACAUCGCUAUCAUCAUUUCUACCAACAACACCACCAGCCUCACCAACAAACUCUCUCAAAGUGUUGGAUUAUGGAGUCGCUAA